GAACGAAACACGAAGAUAGUGUACCACAACGUGCAGUGGGCGGACUACACUCGCCUUGAGGAGAUCUCGAUGCAGACGGCCAACAUUGACGUCUACGCUGCCAUAGGGACGGGCAGGGCAGCGCGAGACGAUGACUACACGAAGUGCCAGUUGCCUAAUCACCAAUGCAUUCAGUUCGGGUGGAGAAAGGCGGCCAGCGUCAACAACUCAUGCGGACUGGCAGUACUAUUGAAUAAACGGCUCAGUGGCAGGGUUCAGAGAGUGGUAGCGCCGCCUACGACGAGUGGCAUCACAGGGCGGAUUGGCAUGAUUACAGUCACCGUGGGCACAAUAGACCUGGCGCUGUUCCCUACCUACAUCCCACCGCGGGGCAUGGCCGUCAACACCCAUAAGGGCAUCACUAGAAACAUUCUUAAGUGGACCCAGAGCGAGCUUGACAAGCUUGGGCACAACUGCCUCCCUAUCAUCUUGGGUGACUACAACUGCGCCUUUGGAAUGCGACGAGAUACGACAGGAAGAAAAUACAUAGAGGCCACCGAGUCCAUCGGUAUUGAGGAGCCCGCCCUAGAGAACAUUACCAGCUCGCAGAUGCGAGACUUUCUGGAUGACGACCACUUGGCGAUCACGGACACCUUUAGACGGACGGGGCCCACUUACUACGGAGGCGCCCGCACAAGCAAGAUAGACCACGUAGCCCUGCCAGCGACUGCCUUGUGCAGGGUCCGUCAAACCAACCCCUUGCUUGGCUUGGCGAGACGACUGCAGCUACACGUCUCCGCGCACUUGGCCGACCACGUGCCGAUGUGCAUGAACUUGGAUGUGCGCAUCGCCAAGACUCACAUCAGCAAGCUCGCGCCACAUGCCAACCGCGACUUGAUGAUGAUCGUAUAUACACGGGGCUACAAGCGCCUGGAGAUCUCAAAAAAAGUUGAGGAGACGACUCAGCAGAUAGACGAGACGGAGUGGCGACAAGCAUGGGGCCAAGGCAACGUGCAAAAGUGGUGGGACAUGGUUUCUAACAACAUUCUUGAAGCUAUGCAGGAGACGUUUCCCAAGCAUGAACAGGACAUCACAGGAUACGACGAGAUGCGACAGCAACGGAUGCACCUGCUUGAGAAGCGAUCCCAACUCCGAGCUGCCACGCAUCACAGCGGCAUCAAAAGCUACAGAGGCGAUGGCUACACUGAGUUCGAUGAGAUAGAAGAACAGCUCAAGGCCCUUUCACGGAAGUUGCAGGUGCUUCGGCGGCGGCAGAAGACGGAGAAGACAGAGAAGCUGGUGGGUCAGAUCGGAGCAGCAUGGAAACACCACCGUCAUGCCGAACUACACCGCCUCAGAGUCGCACUAGCCAACGCAGGGCGCGGACCGAAGAAGCGCAACCUGUGCGCGCCGCGCACAGGGAUGCCAGUAUCACAGUGGGACCACGGACUGAGCCGACCGCCGCAGUUGGGGGGAACGCAUUGCGAGAAGAUCGAUUGGCAGGAGUGGAUCGCUGACCGCACCUUCAUGCCGCAUAUUCGCGAGAACAGAUUCGCCAGGAUCGGGCAG